CCUUUCGAUUCGCAAGAAGCCCUUCACCUAAAGCAAUUCUUCCUGUCCCAGAAAAUAUUUUUGUGUUCUCUCUCUAGCGCAGAUGGCACCGAAGGCAGAAAAGAAGGUGGCGGCGGAGAAGGCUCCGGCAGAGAAAGCUCCGGCGGAGAAGAAGCCUAAGGCUGGGAAGAAGCUCCCGAAGGAGGGUGGAGCCGCGGCUGCCGGAGAUAAGAAGAAGAAGAGAGUGAAGAAAUCGUCGGAGACGUACAAGAUCUACAUCUUCAAGGUGCUGAAGCAAGUCCAUCCUGAUAUCGGGAUCUCCAGCAAGGCCAUGGGCAUCAUGAACAGCUUCAUCAACGAUAUCUUCGAGAAGCUCGCCCAAGAGGCGUCUCGAUUGGCCCGCUACAACAAGAAGCCGACCAUUACUUCCCGUGAGAUCCAGACCGCCGUCAGAUUGGUUCUUCCCGGUGAAUUGGCGAAGCACGCCGUCUCUGAAGGCACCAAAGCAGUCACCAAAUUUACAAGCUCUUAGAUGAAAUCGUUUAAAUCUGUUUUUUCUUUUGAUAUAAUCCGAAUUAGGGUUAAUAGAUGUAAAGUAGCUUGAAUUUGGGGUUACUUUCGGAUUAUUCGGUACUGUUAUCUCAACUAUCAAUGAAUCAUCGAUCAGCAUUCUCAA